GAAACAGGACAAAGCCAGGAUGAAUGUGAAAAGGAAGGAGAUGGAUUUCUUGAGCAACACUAUUGCUGCUUACGCUCACAUUAAAGCCAAUCCAGAGAGUUUCGGCCUUUACUUUGUCGUCGGCGUCUGUUUUGGCCUGGUGCUCACUCUCUGCCUCUUGGUCAUCCGGAUUUCCUGCAAGCCUCGGACCACUACGGCGUCCCCCAUGCCAGAGAAAAAACAGCUGAAAGACUAUAGUGAGGAAGACGAGGAGAGCGAUGAUGAGGAGGAGGAAGAUGCAGGAGGCCUGGAGUCCUGUAUCCAGCACAGCACCACAGAGAUUGCCAUGAGCAACCACCUCAUCACGCCGGACGGGACUCUGAGCAGGAACGUGUUCACCUCAGCUGAGGAGCUGGAGCGGGCACAGCGAUUGGAGGAAAGGGAGAGGAUCAUCAGGGAAAUCUGGCGAAACGGACAGCCAGACAUUCUGGGAAAAGGGACAGGCACUAUUGGAAGAGUGCACUACUACUAACACUCAUGAAUACAAACUCAAGCCAUUUCACUGGUUGAGUGCAGUACUUUGGAAGACUGUUAAUGGACAGUGUUUCCAUUUUUUUUUAUACGUUGGACUGAUGUUAUUGUAAUCCUACAGACCACGGGUACAGCUGUUCUGUAUGCAACAUUUGGUUGCUGUCAGUCCCCAUGUCAUGGUGCUUAUUAAAAAGUCAUUUUAAAGCACAAAUUUAGACUUUGAUGUCAGAGUUGAUGUUUAAAAAUUAUUUGUGAAUUGUACGUGAUUAUUAGAAGCUCACUGAAAGCAAAUGCACUUUUGCACCAUGCCAAUGAUUUUGUAUAGAUUUUCCUAGCUAUUUUUGUACUUUUUAAAAAAAGUCCCCCAUGUCAAAUCAUGCAGUAACUCAGAACAGAAAUUAAAAUUUGAUG